GCUCAGAGGACAACCCUUGUACCGAGGGUUGCUGCUCAAGCGUUUCCCAAGUUUGUGGAUAUGGCCCAGAUUACUGUGGAAGUACUUGUGUCGCGGCGGCCAGCACCAACGGCACUUGUACACAUCUGGCCGAGUGCAACCCUGGAGGCUAUCCAGGAUGGGGAGAGAGUGGCACAUCGUCCGAUUUCUGUGGAGAUAUCACUUGGACCUCCCCUUCAUGCUCAGGUUCUUCGUCCGUCACGAGGCGAAUUGGCUACUAUGAGGCAUUUAACCUCGAUCAUUCCUGCAAUAAUUCCUGUGGGAGGAUACACUCAUUUGAUCUUCUCCUUCUUAUACAUCAACCCGGAUACGUAUGAGUUGGCGCCGAUGGAAUCCAACCAAACAGAUCUCUACGCUCGAUUCACUGCCCUCAAGAAGUACGGCAUCGAAGCUUGGAUCUCCAUUGGUGGAUGGGCUAUGAACGAUCCUGGAGCAUAUGAAAACGUCUUUUCUACUCUCGCUGCAUCGACGACGGCUCAGCAGGCGUUUCUCGACUCUCUCGUUGCCUUCCUGGACCAGUAUGGCUUCGAUGGCGUUGACAUUGAUUGGGAAUACCCCGGUGCGUCGGAUCGGUUUGGCACCGAAGCCGACUACGCAAACUUCGUCUCGUUCCUUCAAAAUGUACGAUCUGCCUUGGGAAGCUCCUAUGGACUGUCAAUUACUCUACCAAGCUCCUACUGGUACCUGCAGUACUUCGACAUUGCAAAGAUUGCGGGGACUAUCGACUGGUUCAACUUCAUGUCUUACGAUAUCUAUGGCACCUGGGACGCUAAAAUUGAUUCCAUCGGAAGUUAUGUCUAUGCUAGUACCAACCUGACCAUGAUUGAAUCAGGGCUGCAGUUACUGUGGCACAACAAUAUCUCGUCGAGUCAAGUGAACCUUGGCCUUGGCUAUUAUGGUCGCAGCUACACACUGGAGGAUCCGUCGUGCGUGGAGCCUGGCUGUGCUUUCACCGUCGGUGGCAAUCCGGGACCAUGCACGCAGACCGAAGGCAUGCUUUCAUACGAUGAGAUCAUGGAUAUCAUCGAUGAUCCGUCCAGAAAUCCAACGGUGUGGCUCGACUCGGCCGCGGCUGUCAAAAUCGCGGUCUAUGAUGAUAACCAAUGGGUUGCGUAUGAUGACGCCGAAACGAUUCAGAUGAAAUUGGACUUUGCCAACGCAGAGUGCAUGGGAGGCGUUUUUGCAUGGGCUGUUGACGAGGACAGCACUGGCGAUCUUUCUGAAUCCAUCUCCAAUGCUACCGACCUCUUCCCUGCGGGUGGAAGCGGAAAGCUGUAUGUUUCAUCCAACAUUUGGGAUGAGGAUGCUCCCGAGAUUUCCUGCGAGGCUCCCUGCACUUUCGUCCUGCCACUCUUCCCAUUGCCGACUUCGACGACGAUAAGCUGGCCGCCGCUUACCACAUCUCUGCUGGUCAGCACCAACGGAGGGCUCUCUACCACCACAACGACUAUCUCGGUUCCUGAAUUCGAAGUGACCGCGAUCCCUUUCUGGCCAUUGACCAUCGCUAGCAAUCAAACCAGCGGUUUCCUGAGCCCUGUUCAAAGCAUUACACCGCCAUCUCUGGUCCUUGAGCUUCCAGGAAGCGUCACUCCGUUUCCCCAGUCCACCGUCAACUAUACUGAUGUUGCCGAGAGCCAGGUGGCAGGCGAAACGAUUGCGCCAGUAGCUACGGGUACAAUUACAUCUCCGGCCACUACGACUGCCGGUCCCACUUCGACCACGUCCACGGUAGUGACCCCGUCGCCCAUUGCAGCCAACAUGGCAAGUGGCUGCACGGAAUUCUACCAAGUUCAAAGUGGGGACUCCUGCUGGAGCAUUGAAACGAACAAUAACAUCGCUGCUUCGGACUUUGAGGCUUGGAACCCGGACAUCGGCACCGAUUGUGCCAACGGUGUCUGGCUCAACUACUAUUAUUGUAUCGGUCACGGUGACUCUUCAUCGACUCCGUCAGGAUCAGACGGCAGUGGUCAGUCGACCUCUACUGGAACCACUGUCGUCCCGGUCUUCUACAGCACGUCACACUCGGUGACUAUCCAGCCUCAAGCGACACAUACCACCGUGGACCCUUCAAGUACCAUCCCUCCCAUAAACGUCGUUAUUGGACCGCCGUCGAGCUCUUCCUCUUCCUCUAAUGGAGAUUGUGACGGCUGCGGAACAUUGGACUGUGGGCUCUUCGGCUGCGAUGGCAAGUGUGGCCUGUUCGGUUGUGAUGGGGGCUGUGGUCUCUGGUGGUGUGGAGGAGGCUGCGGGUUACACUAUUGUGGACCCGGUUGCGGUACUGGUUCCUGCGUCGUAGAAGGCGGCGGCGGUGGCGGCGGGAGCACUGGUUUCAUUGGACCCGGUGAUACGACAAAUGACGAUUGCAGCUCCAUGAAGACGGCCGAUGUCUGCACUGUGUUUGUGAAGAGCUUCUCGACAUCGGGGAUGGCUUCUUCAUCUACUACGAGCACGACUGAAUGUGCUCCUACUGAAGGAUGCUCGGUCACUCCAUCCACAACAACAACCAUAAUCAGUACAACCGGGACUUACUCGACACUCACCAAUAGCUUCGUGUAUACCUCGCAGACAUCAGAGGCGCAAUCUGUGCUAGAGUCCAUUUCCGCCAGCAUCGUCAGCCAGCGGAGUGUCUGGGAUGCCACGCGUUGGGCCGGCUAUACGAUCACAAUCACUCCGCCAACGACGACAACAACAACU